GGACGACAACCGUCCUUCACUUCUGGUCUUGGCCAAUAUGAGGCUGAUUGAUCGUUAGCAGUUUUACCUCUCCUCUUCCCCCUCCUUUGCCUCACAAUGGCAGGGCUCAUUAAAAAUCAGAUACUUAAGCAUUUAUCAAAAUUUGCAAAAAAUGUAUCGUCAGACAGUGUAAACGUGAGCACUCUGAAGGGAGAGGGAGAACUCACAAACUUAGAGCUUAAUGAAGCUGUACUGACAGAUCUUCUUGAGCUUCCGACAUGGCUUCGUAUCACACGAGCAAGAGUAAACAAAGUCAGCCUGAAAAUACAGUGGACGAAGCUCAAGAGUGUACCCAUAGUUGUGAGCCUGGAUGAAGUUCAGGUGGAAAUGGAGACAUGCACCGAACUGCGAUCACAAGGUGGCCAGUCCGUCCUCCCAUCCUAUAGUUCGGGAGGACGCUAUGGCUUCUCUGACAAGGUCAUUGAUGGCAUGACUGUUACUGUUAACUCAGUGCUAAUCACCUUCCGUAGUCCUGCAUUUCAUGCUUCAUUUCAGCUUUCUCGAAUCGUACUGGAUUCCAAAAACCCAUUCUGGCUCAAGGCAGACCUUCGGACAACACGGCUGAAAGAUGUAGAUCGAGGAGAAGUACUCAUCUUCAAAGAGCUCUCUUGGCAAACGUUACGGAUAGAAGCUCGGUCAACUCGUGACCAAACGCUCACACCCCUCAGACUUAUAACUAAUCAAGCACGUUGCAGAAUUACUAUUAAAAAGAAAUUAGCAGACUGCUCGGUAGUUGGGUGUCGUCUGGUGUUGCUGAUGGACGAUGUGUUGUGGGUGUUAACCGACUCCCAACUCACUGCAGCUUUCCAUUUUCUUGACUCGCUCUCGGAUCUAAUUCGACAAGCAACUCAGCAAUCACAAAAAACAAAGGCUAUAAGGAAGCUAGAAUCUUUGCCGGAGUUCCAGGCACAGCAAACACAGCAUGUCGGAGGAAGUGGUGCACAGCAACGUGGAGCUAAAGUCAGCAGUGGUAGAUGGGCACCACAGGCCCAAACCAAUCUGACUAAAGCCUUUAACAAGUAUGAUGUGCCGGAGACUUCCUACCACUUUUAUUCGGAGAGGAUCGACUUGCAUUUUUGUGAUGAUCCUGGACCGGGACGGUCGGGUCACCCAGAUUUGUCGACGGGCGCUGCCCUCCAGGUUGCCUUGUGUCAGCUAGAGCUGGAUUUCUACCCGUACCAUCUGGCUGCUGGUGACAGAGGACACUGGAUAAAAUAUUGUGUGGAUUGUGGGCCAGCAUUGUGGGCUCAGGCUGCCUUAGCACAGUUUAAGACUCUGCUUACAGACACAUUGAACUCAAGUCGAUCCACCCACACGCCUCUCUCUCGUGCUCCUCCGCAUACACGACACGAUGCUUCAUACCAGACUCCGGGUGGUCGUACAGGGCCUGGUGAAAGUGGUGGUGCAACCCAGGGUAGCCCUCUGAAGUGCGUGGUAGCUACACAACUUCGGCAGCUUAUGUCAUCGUGUUGUGUGCUUCGUAUCAAUGAUUAUUGUGUUUAUAGAGUAUCGACUUCUAAACGAAAACAAGCUCCGAAGGAAUUUAUCUCUGGGGACAAGGAGCGCUUCAAGCUGCCUACACAGAUGGCCAGCCUCCACCUGGAGUUUACCACGUACUAUUAUCCAGCAGACUCAGAGUUCCCAGUGCCACCUCCCAAAUUGUACCUGCAACUGAAUCCCUUACAAGUAACAUUUGAUCCUCUCUCCAUCCUCUGGAUCAACUCCUUUGCUCGAAGCUUGCAACGUGCCACCGUUACCGAGCCAUCGCCCAGUUCCUACCUCGAUGUACACUUAGAGGCCAUCAUGCCUAGAGCUGUAAUUGAUGGAGUGGGUGAACACAGUAACCAGCGAGACCGUCCACAUGCUAUGCACAUCCAGGCAUCCCGAGUCAUUCUCUCCAACAUGCGACCAGCCGACCCAACUCUGCCUGGGUCUCUGGCCUCUCUGGCAACUAGUCUUGAGGCAGCCCAGCAAGGAGAGCUCUUUUUUGCCUCAACUUUUCCAGCAUCAUCAACAGACUUCCAACCCAUAUGCCAUAAGUUUGUGAAGCAUGCCAUGGGUGAAGAUAACGUAAGAGCUGCUCCUGUAGUAGAGAGUGGGUUAUAUGAAGCCAUCUCUGGCAUGAAGCGUGAUGCUCUCUGGAUCCAGGCACGAGAUAUCCUCUUCAUACACUGUGAACCACUAUGGGUGGAUUUUUUUGGGGUGCCAGCGGCACGCAACAGACCCGUUCCUUUUGUUGAUGCUUUCCCUCUCUCUCUCUGGAUCUACAUCAAGCCAAAAUCUAGUCUUUCUGUUACUUCAAGAAAAUCAAGUGUAGAGUCAUGUGAAGAUAAAGACUUGAGACCCCAUAGGCAUUUAUUAAAAAACUAUUACAGUGAAGAUUCCAACAAAGGCUGUAGUGGGGAGGAUAAAACACAGUCCACUCAUGGGCCAGGGGACAAGGGAGAGGGUAGUCGACAGGAAGCUGCCACACACAUACUUGCUCACACGCCAAGUCUAGUCAGUGCCCAGCUUAAUCAUUACCAAUACCUGUUCCUUAUGCGACAAUUAGAUGUUAUUACAGAGCUCACGUCUUAUCUUACUUAUGAUACGAUUAACAUUCUGACUCACCCCACCAUGGCAGGUGUGGCCUUAACUCAGGAAAACCUGGGGGACACUAUAGUGGUGUCUGCUGUGGUGCCUCAAGUGGAUGUGUCAUUAGUGAUGCCGCCUCCACAUCCCAGCAAAGACUUUAUCGCUGGCGACAUGGAAAGUUUUCUUCCUGACUCGUCGUCCACAGCAGAUCUCCACGACUUAGGUUCUCCGAGCUGUGAAGUGAGAAACUCUGCCUCAGAACACAGUUUUGUCCAGAAGGCAAGUGAAAUAGAUGCUUGCUCUAUUACCAGUGAUAUCACUAAGUCCUACAGUGUUGAUCAGCUAACUUCACCGCAACCAGUGCCAGCAUCUACCUCCAUCACCAGGCAGCCAUCAAACGCUGCCAAUGGCAACAUAAACCAACCUCCGGUUAGUCAACACUCUCCAGUCAGCACAGGUAAGCAACAGUCGCCGUCACCUGCUGUAAAACAUGCCGCUAUCAGACAACUGUCAAUUAGCUUGACCGACCUUCCCUGUAGCGGCCAGAUUUUCGACGUUGAAGAUUCCCAUGUCAAUGGCCCAUUGAUGCAAUUAAACCUUCAGGGCAACCUUAAUGCCGGCUUCAUUUCCAUGCGUAAAGGCCUUACUAGUGGUUUCACAAAUCUUAUGUCCACCCUUGAGUCUGCAGUGAAAACUAGUCCAGAAGACAUGAGUGACACUCUUUCAGUUCGUAGCGACCUGAGUUCUGAGAGCGACAACUUCGUCUUGGUCAACAUUGAGUCAGAACGAACAGACAGUGGUCUAGGUGGAAUGGACGCUCUGUUUCGCGUGGAAAACAAGCCACCUCCGUCGUCUGUAGAACUUGCAUCGGAAGUGUUUGAAGAACCAACUCCUAGUGAAAUAUCUGAUGUCACCAGCUCCUUCAGGAGGAAAGAUUCAAUAUCUGUAGUAACAUUCAAAAUGAGCCGAAUGCAGAUUGUACAAGAAUCACGGGGCUAUGAGUCAACUGUGAAGGUCCAGUGCUGCCAUCUUGUGUGCGAGGAGUGUUCUACCAUGGGCUACGACGAGUUCCAGAAACGUCCAGGUUGCAAUGAUGGUCGUAAGACGAAGUUCAGCAGUCGAUGCAGAGGUUGGUCAGAUUCUUUAGCUGCCACAGAUCCUUGCUGCCUCAAGAUUCGUCUAGACACACAUGUUGAACCAACAUCUCCCGGUGCCGAAGAACCAAGGGGCAUCUCGGGAGCCCCUCUUCCCGUGCUGAUAAAACCUUUCCUUGAAGGUCAUGUGGCUGAUCUUAAUAUGUCGCUUCUGAUGAGCACUAUAACAGGUCUGGUUGACCUGAUAGAGGACGAGGUCAUGCCACAACCAUUUCCUAUGGAGAUACUGAUGGAGCGCAUAGGACUUCAGUUGACAGAGGAUAGAAUACCAGCUAAUAUCACUUCUCCAGGUUCCGUACCCACUGUAGUGUGGCUCCCAAGACUUAUUGUAAAGCGUGACAACGAUGGUGUCUUUACACUUCUUCCUCAGAGUGAGGAGAGCUGUGAAGCACAGUUGAUAAAAGAUGAACGUGACAGAUUAAAAGAAGAAUUAAAUCGGGUGCGGCAACAGCUAGCGAGUGCUCAAGAAGCUAACCGCUCCCUGCAAGAAGAAGUGACGAAGUUGAACGAGAACAAGUCCACUCUUGGGUUCUCACUACCAAAGUUUCCUCUUCCGUAACAAAGUUUUGUGCUUCCAGUCAUGUGUGUGGUAGAGUGAGUGGCAUAGUGGCAUUUAGCUUCCUCAUACACACGAAGCCAUCAGCAGCUAUAUGCCACAGAUAAGUAACAGUUUGUGAUAAAACAACCUCAUGAAAUGGCCAGUUUUCUUACUUAAGGCGUGCACUUAGAAUAUAAGUAUUUGUAGGGUAUAAUAUAUUUUCAUUUAUCUUUUUUUUUUAUGAGCAGAAAGGUUCAUGGAAGUGCAAUAUUACUUUAAAUAGUUUUACUAAAUAAAAAAACCUUGGGAUACACUUAUACAAUGGCAGGAGUUAGUUCCAGUAUUAGUAAAGAGUACAAACAAGUACAUUAAUACCAGU